GGUCAUUAUAAUCAUUUUUCAACCCUCAUUUCAGUGUUCGCCGAAUUCGUACCAUCCUCAUUUCCGGUUUUUUGUUUCUUUGUUUAGUGGGUUAUUAAGAAUUCAUUUUUGGGUGUUAACCAGGGCGGAGGUCGCUGGUAGUGCAAAAUGUGCGCGGAGAUAAGUUCAUCCAACGGUUAACCGAUCAGUCAACUUAAGAUGGCAGACGUUGCUUUAGACCCCCAAAAUUCCAACCCCAAAGAACUAUACGGCCAAGGAGUUCGAGCGUAUGUCCUGCAAGACUACGACACAGCUGUUCGUGCUUUUAGUCGAGCUAGUGAAUUGCUGGCAGUCGAACACGGUAGUGAAAUACAUGAUUCCCUCGGAGAUGUCUAUCUUUACUAUGGUAAAUCACUAUUGGAAUUAUCGCGGAAAGAAAGUGGACCUCUUGGAGAAGGAGUUUUGAAAAAUGUCGAAGAAGAGUCAGACGUUGACGAAACCGAAUCGACCGAUCCUGAAGAAGAAAAAGAUGAGAACAAAACAGAGGAAAGUAAGGAAAGCGAAGAAAAAGUUAAUGGCGAUGUUGGUAAAGCUGAAGAAGUGAAACCAGAAGAGUCAGCGGCGUCUAGCGAAGAAAAUGAUGAAGAAAAAGAGGAGAAAACUGAUGAGGAUCAAAAUAAUGAGGCUGGUAGUUCCUCAGAAAAGAAAGAAGGUGAGGCUGAAGAUGAAUUAACGGAUUUGCAAGUAGCAUGGGAAGUGUUAGAACUAGCUAAGAAAAUUUUUACCAAGAGAGGUACAGAUGGUGAAAAGAACUUAGCCGAAACACUUAUAGUCCUUGGAGAAGUGUCUUUAGAAAGCGGUAAUUUUAGAUCUGCUGUUGAUGACAUGGAAGAGGGUUUAAAAAUACAGAAAACUUUAUAUGGGGAUGAUAGUAGAACUUUAGCCGAAACUUACUAUAAAAUAGGAGGUGCUUACUCGACGAAUGCACAGAUUGAUGAAGCUAUCAGAAGUUUUAACGCUUCGUACAAAUAUUUACAAAAUAAGGUGGCAAGUCUGGAGAAGGAUGAAGAACAUAAAGAAGCCAAUGCGGAAGAAAUCGAAGAGCUGAAUAAUUUACUUCCUGAAAUACAAGAAAAGGUUGCCGAUAUGCAGAACUUGAAGACUGAGAUUGCGAAUAAACAACUAACGGUUUCCGUUGAUGAAAACGCUCCUAAAAAAAAUGGAACGUCAGACGCUUCUUCAUCAAAGCAGGUUAAUGAUAUUUCCCACUUGGUCAAGCGAAAGAGGAAAGAGGAAGAUUCCACGGAGGAAAAUCCUGCUAAAAAACCUUCUCCAUAAUAGGUUUGUACCUUGUCUGUUUUUCAUGAAAAAUAAAUUAAGGAAUGUGUUCUCAUGCUGUAUUUGUUAGCGUAUAGGAUAAGUUUUCAUUGUUAGACUCACUAAUUUAAAAUGUUCUUUGUAUUUGUCUUUCUUAAAGAAUAAAUUAUUUUUUCAAAA